CCCCCCCAGAUCUCGGCGGCCGAUCGCUCCGUAGGAUUGCUGUUCUCGUCCUUCCUUCCGAGUUGCUUCCGCUUCUGGUUCGGGCCUGACCCGGGCGUGGAUCGACUGACGGCUCUAGAAGGAGAGGCGGCGCCGGGGAAGCAACGGGCGGCCCCCGCAGCGCCAACCGGCCGCCAAGGGCUAGGCUGCAAGUCGCCGCCGCCGCCGCCUCCGCCAGGAUGAUCUCCCCGCGGGAACGAGGCGGCGAGGUGGCCCGAUUCUACACGGUCACCGAGCCCAAGCGCCAUCCUCGAGGGUAUACCCUCUAUAAGGUCACCGCGAGGAUUGUUUCCCGAAAAAAUCCAGAGGAUGUCCAAGAGAUAGUCGUUUGGAAGAGAUACAGUGACUUUAAGAAAUUGCACAAAGAACUCUGGCAGAUUCAUAAACACUUAUUCAGACAUACAGAAUUGUUUCCUCCUUUUGCUAAAGCAAUAGUAUUUGGGCGAUUUGAAGAGAGUGUGAUUGAAGAGAGAAGACAGUGCGCAGAAGAUUUGCUUCAGUUUUCUGCCAACAUCCCGGCGCUCUUUAACAGCAAACAGCUUGAAGAUUUCUUUAAGGAUGGAGAGGUGCAUGAUGGGUCUGAAUUGAUUGGUCCUGCAGAACCAUUGCUGGAUUCCUUGACAGACAGCUUAUCCAUCUCCAGUUCUGAAGCACGCAAGGAUGUUGCUGUCCUUGAGGAUGUGAUGAUUAGCCAGUCAGAAUAUGGAGGUUUCUCCAGUGACAGUGACCUGAUUUCUUUGACUGUGGAUGUGGACUCUCCUGCCGAGUUAGAUGAUGGAAUGGCAUCUAACCAGAAUUCUCCCAGUAGAGCCCUCGGCCUCAGCUUUCCUGCUGAACUUCCGUCACAGGCCUCUGCCCUUUCGGACCAUGAAUGGAGCAAACCUGAUGGCGAGAGAGAAAGCCGUGGUCUCUUUACAGGGAGCUUAAAGGCCAGGCUUGGACGGCGAGAUUACUUAGACAAAGCAGGGGAACUGAUCAAGCUAGCCUUGAAGAAGGAAGAGGAAGAAGAUUAUGAGGCGGCGUACGGCUUUUAUAGGAAAGGAGUUGACCUCCUCCUGGAAGGGGUUCAAGGGGAGUCAAGUCCAACCCGUCGUGAAGCAGUAAAGAGGAAGACUUCAGAAUAUCUGAUGAGAGCAGAAAAAAUUUCCAGUCUCUACUGUAAACCCUCUUCAGAAGACGGUGCUGUUUCUGGGCCUCCAGGAUCACUAAGUUCAAGGCCCUCUUGGAACCUAAGGAGCCCUGCCGAGGAACUGAAGGCCUUUAGAGUCCUUGGGGUGAUUGACAAGGUUUUGCUUGUGAUGGAUACUAGAACACAACAGACGUUUAUAUUGAAGGGUCUGAGGAAAAGUAGCGAGUACAGCAGGAAGAGAAAGACCAUCAUUCCCCGCUGUGUGCCCAACAUGGUGGCUCUGCACAAGUACAUCAUCUCAGAGGAAUCGGUCUUCCUUGUGCUGCACCACGCGGAAGGAGGCAAACUUUGGUCGUACAUCAGUAAGUUCUUGAACAGGAGUCCUGAAGAUAGCUUUGAAGCACCAAAAUCCCGAAGACCAAGCUCUACCAAAAUACAUUUGCAUCAGGCCACUCCUAGUCCUCAAGAUGCUGGUGGUAGCAUUGACUCUAAAGGAAGCAACAGUGGCAACAUGUUGAAGGUUUUGCCCUUGCAGAGCAGUCUUACUCCAAGUUCUCAAGAUGGCAGUAGUAACCAGGAAGAUGGUCAAGAAAGUUCCCCUAGGUGGAUUGAUUCUGGAACCAGUUCAGAGGAAGAAUGCACUACAAGUUAUCUAACAUUAUGCAAUGAAUAUGGUCAAGAAAAAGUUGAUCCUGGUUCAUUAAAUGAAGAACCUGUCUUGAAAGCAGAUAAUGGCAUUGUCCUUACCAAAGACCAAGGAGGUUUCCAGGGACAUAGUAUGGUUGCCAGUGGGAAUUUGGAAUCUGCGUUCACCUCUCAGGAAGUAAAUAUUUUUGCUGAUGAUGUUGAUUCAGAAAUAACAAGUCCUACCAGGAUAUCAGAAUCACUCAGCAAAUCUAAGAAAAGCCCCAUGGAAUUAUUCAGAAUUGACAGUAGAGACAGUACCAGUGAACUUCAAGGGCUUGAUUUUGGAGAUAAACUUUACAGCUUAAAAUCAGAAUCUUUAAAGCAGUUUUUGUCUGUGCCAGAUCAGGAUAAGGAGCUUGAUGCCAUAGAAAACAAAAUAACCCCUGCUUCCCAGGAUACCAUCAGCAGGGGCUCAAACGAUUCCGUGCCAGUGAUCUCUUUUAAGGAUGUCGCCUUCGAUGAUGUCAGUAGCGUUGAUGAUGGAAGGCCUGACCUUUUGGUGAACCUUCCAGGCAUAACCGAGCCAGUGAAAGAACCUACUGUGGAUAGGCCCCUAAAGCAGACAGAGCCACACGGAGACAUUGUGGAAAGCAAACUUUUGGAAACGCCGGAUGUCUUGCAGUUGAAUAACAGUGCAGAGCCAUGCCGAACGCUUGAGCAAAAGGGACACCCCUUAGGUGGAAAAGAACCAAAGGAGCAGCACACUGAUAGCUGGGAAAGGACUAGGGCAGUCCACAUGACGACUAGUGACCCAACGGGUUGCAAGGAUAGGAUGGGGUUCCAAGGGUUUGGAGGAGCAGCGUUUUCGUCAUUAGAUGCAUUUGGCAGGGAAGAAAAGUUGACAUCUAACACGCAACCUGGUGUUAAAGGACAUAGUUUAGAUGUGGACAAUGAAGCUGUGCUGCUCUUUUCUGACCAUGCUGAAGAUUCUGGCAAAGAAGGAACAAUCCCGGCUUUAUUGCACAAAGCAGGAAACAAUGAAUCAGAUGUGGGGGUCAGAGGAGAGAAUGAAAUCCACCAAAUGUUUCAGGACCUUGACGAGAGAUUAGCGCUAACCUCCAGGUUUUACCUCCCUGAGGGCUGUGUUCAAAAAUGGGCAGCUGAAAUGGUGGUAGCCCUGGAUUCCUUGCAUCGAGAAGGAAUUGUGUGCCGUGAUUUGAACCCAAACAACAUCUUAUUGAAUGAUCGAGGACACAUUCAGCUAACGUAUUUUAGCAGGUGGAGUGAGGUUGAAGAUUCCUGUGACAGCGAUGCCAUAGAGAAAAUGUACUGUGCCCCAGAAGUUGGUGUUGUCUUUGAAGAAACAGAGGCCUGUGACUGGUGGAGUCUGGGUGCCCUUCUCUUUGAACUCCUCACUGGGAAGACUCUUGUGGAGAGCCAUCCAGCGGGAAUAAAUACUCAUACCUGUUUGAACUUGCCAGAUCACAUCUCAGAGGAGGCCAGAUCACUUUUGCAGCAGCUUUUGCAGUUCAAUUCUGUGGAACGUCUUGGUGCUGGAAUGGCUGGCGUAGAAGACAUAAAAUCUCACCCCUUUUUUGCCCCAAUUGAUUGGGCUGAGCUGACCAAGUGAACAAUCCAGCAAGGCUUCUGCUCGUGCCUGUCGGGACCUCUUGACACCUGAGAGGACCUUUGGGGGCUUAUUGUAAAGACCUUUGGAUCUCUCAGCAUGGAUUUGGACAAUUGCACCCGAAUGACAGCUGUUCCACUUAGAAAAAUAAAUCAUAGUCUAUACUGAAUUUACUGCUUUUUAGGCUGGAAUGAGAAGCCUGCCACUGAAACAUCCCAUUUGUCAUAAUGUUUUGGAAAUGUGGCAUCAUCAUGUCAUACAUUUGUACACUCCGACUUCACACGAGAUAGAGAAGGCAUGAAGAGGAGAGAUUCAAUGCAGGAUCGACAUGUCCGACAGAAACCUUGUGCUUGUGAUCAGCUCUGGCCUUUGUGAGGACUUCUGUAAGCAAGAAAGCACUCCUCGUGUUUACUUUUUUUAAAAAAUUGUUAAUAGUAUGAACUGCCCAUUGCACAUGCCAGCAUUUAUUGUAUAUGCCAGCAGCAAAGCGCCCCUCCUUUUUUAUAAUGUCAGUAUGCUUUCCCCCUAACUGAAGUAUAGCUGAGGUGGGUGGGAACUUGGGGAACGAAUAACUUAUUGAAGGCAUAUAUGCUCAAUAAAAUACUGUGGUGCUUCUGCAA